CUCUGUCUCCAGACACGUUUGCUGCGUCUUAUGCAUCUUGGUGCCUUGGGUACUUACCGCAGGAGGUAGUGUGCAUGAGGUGGUAUUGAGCAUGUUUUUCUCUGAAGCUUUUCAUGCGGCCCGUCAUCCAACGCCAACAAUCUUGGAUCGGCAGGCAGACCGAACUUUACUGGUUUCCCUCCGUCCGCUUAAGACAUGAUACUGCACAUCUACCUAGGUAGGCACUCCGGUUCCUGGAUUCUGCAACGCACAUUCGUGUAGCCUGAAAGAAUUCCGAGUCGCUCGGCCACACUUGCGACCUGGCCAAGGCCAAGGCCAAGGCCACCGCCGCCGCCCACGGCCAGGCUCUCUCGGCCCUCUAAUCUAGCCGCGAAAGCUCGCCUUCGUUCGCCAGUUUCUUGUCCACUCCCUGUCGAUCACCACACGCUAUCGAUACUACAUGGGAUCAUCGUUGGAUGCUGGGUCCCUCCGUCGAGUCGAGCACGUCCAGUCAGUCGUUGGCAUGGCUCGCUCCCCGUCCGGAUCCGGAAGACCAGGCUUGCCAUGCAUCCCAAACGGGCGGGAACAGACCCAACCCGAGCCCGCCGCCUAGAACCGCCAGCCGCCAAUGGCACCCUUGGUCGAGAUGUGAUGAGAAAUCCCCUGGACCCUGGACCACCCUCGUCCAUUCACCUGAAAGAGACUUCACGUUCGCCGCUCGGCCAGGGGACUUCAUACAUACCCCACCUCUCCACCGGCUAGCAAACGACAUCUCUUGGGAUCAAUGCCUGCGAUCGUACGGUCCAUGUUCGCUUCUGCUUCCCACCAUGGAAGAUGGCACCAGAUGCAGAUGCGUGCACAUCACUCCUCGUCACCAACCGCCAAGAGGCGCAAACAAUCGAAAUACCCGCCAAAUUUCAAGCGCGGGUCUCUCGCAAAGCCGCCGGCAAACAAUCCCCCGGUCGUCACUCGCUCAUCCCGUUCGCCCCGGCCCUUUGUCUGAUAGUGGCCCGAACCCGCCUCGGCCCUUGGCGACUUUGAUGGGCCAGCCACCCUUGUUGCUGGGACGUAAGGAAUGUGGGAAUAUAAUGACAAUUCAUAAUGCGUAUCGUAACCAACAGACUUGAAAUCUGGCCCACCGCAAGAUUCGUGACCACCAUAGUCUCCGCCCCAGGACUCCUCC